CCACCUUCCAUUCUUACUCCCCCGCCCAAAUCCCUCUCUCUCCCUCGCCUCCUCUCUGUGCUCUGUGUGCACUUCUUGUUUCUCCAUAGCAGAGGAGACGAUGUUGCUGGGGAAGCGUCCACGCCCUCCGAUAAGGAGAACAACAAGCAUGAACGGGAUCAACGUGGAUCCUAGCGUCUUUGAACCUCCAGAACCCUCUGAUCUCGAAAACCCCAUCGUUAAUCCGCAUGAAACAGCGGUGGGAAAUGGGCCAGUGCCCCCCAACAUGAACUUCGUUCCAAAUGGAGGAUACGACCAAGCUUUCUUGGCCAUGGUGUCUCCCAGAUCAACCCAUAUCAGAACCAACUCUGGUACUGAUCCUUUCAUGGAGACAGCCCACUUUCUGCACACCUGUGGCCUCUGUAAACGACGCCUGGCACCUGGCCGAGACAUCUACAUGUAUAGGGGGGAUACAGCGUUUUGUAGUUUAGAGUGCAGGGAGCAACAGAUGAAUCAAGACGAGAGGAAAGAGAAGUACUGCACCGUGGCAUCAAAGAAAGAAGGUCGCCACGCGUCGCCAUCCACCAAGGCGUCGAGUAAAAGUGAGACUGUGGCUGCUGCAUAGAAAAAUGGCUUUGGAGAGACCGAUCAUGAUGAGAAAGUUAUACACAGAAAGAGAGAGGGAGAGGGAUAUUGGGAUCUGGCCUCAAUUUUCUCUUAAUUAAUUAUCUUGGUCAUGUUAACACGUUAAUAAUGCCAAAGGAUAGUAUCAUGUUUAAGAUUGUACAAAAAGGCUUUUAAGUGCUGCUCUGCUGUACGUACGUACGUGUUGUGUGGUGGAUGCUAAAUGGAAAGAAAUUGGCGAGGCUUCGACGUACUGA